GCCGAGAGAUGCAGCUGAGUGUGCUAUACCGCCUGCCGCUGGCGGUAGCCCGGGCGGUGCUGGCGGCGCUGCGCGGGCGGCUGUGCGCGUUGUGCUGGAGCCUGGCUCCCCUAUCUCGGCCCCUCUCCCUGCCCCUACCAGGCUGGCGGCUGGUCUCGGCCCUCAGCCCCGUCCCCCCGACGGGACCCCGACGGGAGCGGGACGACGACGACGACGCGUCCCUGAUGCCCAUCAGCGUCAAUUACCACUUCACCCGGCAAUGCAACUACAAGUGCGGCUUCUGCUUCCACACGGCCAAGACCUCCUUCGUGCUGCCCCUGGAGGAGGCCAAGAAGGGGCUGGCGAUGCUCAAGGAAGCAGGAAUGGAGAAAAUAAACUUCUCGGGAGGAGAACCGUUUCUUCAGGACAGAGGGGAAUUUGUAGGCAAACUGGUCCAGUUUUGCAAGCAGGACUUGAAGCUACCAAGCGUCAGCAUUGUCAGCAACGGCAGUCUGAUUAGAGAAUGGUGGUUCAAGAAGUAUGGUGAAUAUUUAGACAUCCUGGCAAUUUCAUGUGAUAGUUUUGAUGAGAAUGUCAACAUUUUAAUUGGCCGUGGUCAAGGAAGGAAGAACCAUGUGGAAAAUCUGCAUAAGCUGAGACAAUGGUGCCGAGAAUAUGCUGUUGCUUUCAAAAUAAAUUCCGUGAUCAACAGAUUUAAUGUUGAGGAAGAUAUGAAUGAGCAGAUCAAGGCACUCAACCCCGUGCGCUGGAAGGUAUUCCAGUGCCUGCUCAUUGAAGGGGAGAACAGCGGUGAGGAUGCCCUGAGAGAAGCAGAGAGAUUUGUUAUUAGUGAUGCAGAAUUUGAACAAUUCCUGGAUCGCCACAAAGAUGUCUCCUGUUUGGUACCUGAAUCUAAUCAGAAGAUGAGGGAUUCGUACCUCAUUCUGGAUGAAUAUAUGCGUUUUCUGAACUGUAGAAAUGGACGGAAAGAGCCUUCCAAGUCUAUCCUAGAUGUUGGUGUAGAAGCAGCUAUAAAAUUCAGUGGAUUUGAUGAGAAGAUGUUCCUUAAAAGAGGAGGAAAGUAUGUGUGGAGUAAAGCAGACAUGAAACUGGACUGGUAACUCAAUAUACUGAGUUAGGGCAGGUGCAUUAUGUAAAGAAAAUGGGUGUAUGUAUAUGUGCCUGUAUAUAUAUGUAUCUAAUGCUUUUAACUACACUAUGUGUAUUGCACAUACUGCAUACACAGUAUAGUUCUGUAUGUGAAUGUGCUAAAUAUUUUAGAACGUAGACUAUGUUCUUAUCCAUUGUUUGGUUGAACAUUACCAAGUAGCUUGAGAGCUUUCAUAUAAACAGAUCUCUGAAAUCAACUUUCUAGUCCAUUGUAUGAAGGACUUAAGGGCAAACCAUUAACAUAAUGUCACACAGGAAACAAUUUUAAGAUAAUACGUAAGUGUGCAUGCCAUAAAACAAACCAAAACACACCCUAAUGUCUAAUUUAUUACAAACAGCUUUGAGAAUGGAUAAGUGGAAUUAACGGGGAACGUUAGUCUACUUCGUUCAUAUGUAAAGGUGGAUUGCAGUUCCUCGCUAGAUCACAAGAGGGCCAGCUGGCAGUCCUAAGGAAACCGCCCUCGUUUUUGGUUUUCUGGCAAUUAAUUUUUGGUUUUCUGGCUUUAUAAUUACAGUUUUCCAAACUUAAUUAGUUCCCCCCUCCUCAUGCUCUGUAUGAAGGGUAUGGGGAUAAGCACUGCACAAAGCCGAAGUGAGCUGGCACUACUCAUUUGUCCUGUCUAUUGCACUCAAUGCAUGGACUGUCUCAUAAAUUUAAAUGUUUGCACCAGCUGGGAGCCAGCAUGCAUUAAUAUACCAUGUAGAGAAAAAACAUCUUCUUUCAUUUUUCUGAUAGUGAUAGUUAAUUUUUUUUCCGCUAUUUUUGAGAGGAAUGUUUUGCAUUCACCUAAAUAUAGGGGAAGGUGCCUAAGUAGGAGCUGCUACUUCUGAGUAAAGGAAGGUGCAUCUCUGAAUACACUGUGAAUUUUUUUCCAUUUAUAAUUCCUUCAGUUUCUAUUUUUACUAUCCUAACUAAAUAUACUUUCUCUGGUGCUCUUUUGUCUCCUUGUAUUUUGCAUUUUGCAAUCACAACACUUCCUAAGCACUUACAGUUCAGUAUUUUUUUUCUUGCAUUAAUACUAAGUGACAUUUAAAAUGUGGCCCACACACAUUAACCCCACAGUCUUUUGGCAGCUCUUUCACUGACCUCAGUUGGAGGUCUGCCUGAGUAGCGAGUAUGGGCAGCACAAAUUUAUGUAGCUGGGGUUUGAUUUCCUCUGCAUUCCCAUUGCUCAAAUGUUAAACCCAGCCUCUUUCUCAGCAUCUACACUGCAUUAUAGAAAAGAAGCAUUUUCCUUUGCUACUGGCUCAGUCCCAGCAUGGGGAAAGAUUUAGUGCAUCAAUGUACCAGUAAAUCUACCAGCUUGCUGCUUCUGCAGAAAAUGCCAGCUGUAUCACAGCACACAGAUGCGAGGCACACAAACUCCCAUUCAGAACCAGAAAUCCUGCCAUUCUUUGCUUUGCAUUUUACUCUAUAAAGGGCUAUUCUUUUGGUGCAAGAGAUCCUCUGUGCCUACGGGGGAAGCUGUAAAGUAAACAAACUGGAGCUGAAAAUGUGAUAAUCCUGUAAAUAAUGUAAAGACAUUGAAGAUGGCUUUUAUCAGAAUGUUCUAAGUCCUUCUUUUCUUAAAAUCUUAAGGAUUUUACAUUGCCUCUUGUUACCAAACAGAAUUAAGAUAAAGUUGCUGCUCUGUGUGAUACUCUUUUCCAAACAAAAUGGCAGUCUUGUACAUUGGAAAUUAAGAACUUGCAUAACAAGUUUUGACAGACAAUCACCGUAGUUAAUGAAUAGCUGUCAGUAUUUUUUAUAUAUACAAAAUUAAUUUUUUUUGUGUAAAAUCUCAAAAAUGUUUUUGGCUACAGCUUGGUUAACCUAGGUUUUUUUUUCUUUUUUUUUUUUAAAUCUAUAAACACAGUUCACAUUGGACCAAAAAUGGACUUUAGGCUUUCAGUCUGCAGUGAGGCCUAACUUUCAGCAUAGGACUAGAAAAUUAAUACUGAAUUUAGUACA